AUGGCGAUGGAGGGGUCGGUCGAACCGGGCCGUUCAGACGUCAUACAGGUCGACACCAAGACACAGCGUGGUGGGACACAUGCCUCUCAAGAUCAACGGGCUUCACGAUGGGUAGAUCGUGCAAUGGUUGCGAGACAGAUCGAGGUGGAUGGUGGUGACAAGCCGGGCCGGGUCGAUUACGUGGGAGGCGAGGUAAAUCCUUUCCAGAACGUUUGGCCGAAUCCGUACGAUAAGAGCGAGCCCGUGCGGCGGCGAUACGAAGAACACGAACACGAACCGAAAAUGGCCGAGAUUUGA